AUGUUCAAGUUAAUGCAAAUAGUUUUUAACAGAAGACUUGCCACUUCAAGAUGUUCAAGAAUUAGUAAAUCUAAAACAUUUUGCACAAGCAAUAAUUAUAAUCAUAGAUUGAUGAUUGCUUCAAAUUUUUCAUGUCAUACACAAAUUAAAUACAAGUACAGAAGUAAUAGUAAAACUAGUAGAAAUGAGAAUAGAACAGAAGACUUAGAUGAUGAAUCAGAUGAUGAAAAUUUUGAAGAACUUGAAGAAACUGGGAAAAAAAUAGUCACUGUCAAUAUCAAAUCUACAAGAUUGGAUGUUGUUAUAAAAGCUGGUUUUGGUGAUGAAAUUGACUUGAUACAUUCUACAACUCCACAUAAUCCAGAUAUGCUAGUUGUAACAAGAAUAUUAAUUUUAAAGAUUUCUAAUAAUAAUGAUAUGUACCAAAUUAAACUAGCUCGAGAUAAAAAUUUAACAAUACAUAGGAAGGCUGUUGAAGAUGAUGAAUAA